AUGGAUACACAAAUAUACGACCCCAAUCCAUUGUCCUAUUUCAAUGGCCCCACAGAUUUCGGUAAUCAACUUGGAAAAGCUAUCGCUACGCGGAUAAACGAGGCCUAUGUACCGGAUGCCUCGAAUCGAAUGACGUUUGGCUCGUACCCCACGUCCAGUUUCACCAACCAAGCACUUGGCGGACAGAACUACGUCGUACAACCGGAUUUAUAUCAACAAGCGCUAUCCGGUUACGGUACUCAAGGACUCGGCGGUUAUCCGACAAUGUCAUUUAAUAGUUUCCUAAUUAUGGUUUUGAGUCAGGACAACAACCAUGCUACCAUAACGCACGCGGUGGCUACAUCAUUCGUAACUCAUAUACUUGCGCCACAGCUACGUAAGCAAUACCUACGGAAACUACGGGCAGCGGCACCUACGGCUUCCUGA